GUUUUCUACCCUAGCAAAGAUGGUACUAAGAUCCCAAUGUUUAUUAUUCACAAGAAAGGAGUUAAAUUGGAUGGUUCCCAUCCUGCCUUCUUGUAUGGAUAUGGAGGCUUCAACAUAUCAAUUACACCAAGCUACAGUGUGUCAAGACUUAUUUUUGUGCGACAUCUAGGGGGUGUUCUAGCGGUGGCGAACAUCAGGGGUGGUGGUGAAUAUGGAGAGACCUGGCACAAAGGUGGUAUCUUGGCCAACAAACAAAAUUGCUUUGAUGACUUUCAGUGUGCUGCCAAAUACCUCAUCAAGGAAGGCUACACAUCCCCAAAGAAGUUGACUAUUAAUGGAGGCUCAAACGGGGGUCUCUUAGUUGCUGCCUGUGCUAAUCAGCGCCCCGACCUAUUUGGUUGUGCUAUUGCCCAAGUGGGAGUGAUGGACAUGCUCAAGUUCCACAAGUACACCAUUGGCCAUGCUUGGACCACUGACUACGGUUGCUCUGACUGUAAAGAGCAGUUUGAAUGGCUGUGCAAGUACUCUCCACUUCACAAUAUCAAACUACCAGAAGAAGAUGGCAUCCAGUAUCCCUCUACACUGCUUCUCACGGCAGACCAUGACGAUCGUGUGGUCCCUCUACAUUCACUGAAGUUUAUCGCUACUCUGCAAUAUGUUGUGGGCCGAAGCCGUAAACAAACCAAUCCACUUCUUAUCCAUGUUGACACCAAGGCUGGGCACGGAGCAGGAAAGCCAACUGCUAAAGUUAUAGAAGAAGUGUCAGAUAUGUUUGCUUUUAUAGCACGAUGCCUAAAUCUUGAUUGGAUUGAAUAGGCAAAAUGCUUAUUACUGUCUACUUUAGAAAACAAGGGCUUUAACACCAUUUAAGACCAACCAGACUACUACUUGGUGUAGUACUUACAUUUAAGGACUGCAGUUUAAUAUUUUAUUGAUCCAACCUGCUAUGGAGUUUUGAUCUUCUGUGCUUCCCUCUUUUUGGCAUUUCUUUGAAUUUCUUUUCUACUGCGAUCCAAAGUACAUUUUGAAAAGCAUGUUCAAAUAAAUAGCUGAGCUACUGUCGGUACUGUUGUGAACAUUUAGAUUCCAGAGUUAGUGCUAGUUGAGCUUAUUUCCUGUAAACAAUUUUAAUGUAUUUUGCACCUAUAAACAUAUCCAGAUCAUCUGUAAUUAAAUGUAAGUACUGUCCACAUCCAAGAACUCUGAGCAUACUUUAUUUACACAGUAAACUUAUUUAAGAAUGUAAAUUGAAGGUGUUCAGUGAUAACCAUGAAACACUGAAGAGACAGUAAUCUGGGUAAUUAAGUCAAAUAUUAUUAAAAAGCUUAUAUUACCUGCUGUUC